CAACUUUGAAAAUCACAGUUAAGGAUAGUGUUAUAGCCUUCUAUCAAUCCCACGAGUCAAGCUCUUACUUUAUUGGACUUCCGCAAUAACUACAUCAUGUCGAACCCUAACCUCAUGGAUAUCGAGCCCGGUGGUGAAAACACUCAGUAUGAGUCAAUUCGUUAUUUCACAGAGACUCCGCCGAAGCAGACCGGCCAACUAGGUGCCCACCUUGAGCACACAAGAAGUGUAUACAACCCGAUCCUCGGAGACGACGAUGACGAAGUCAAGGAAAAUAAUGGGGACACGCCACUGGCACGGCAGCUCGAGAAGGGAGAGGCUACGUCUGGUCUCUCGGGAAUCGUGGAUAAAGAUUCAAAGCCCGAAACCCCAGAGGAGGCUGCAGCGCUGGCGGCAAAGCUCAGGAGAGAACAGGGAUAUGGGCCUGGCUCGGGUGUCGGGGCUUAGGUGCCGCGAGAUAAUUGUAAAUAAAAC